GCCAGAGCGUGUGGAGCCAUUCACAUACAGACCGCCAGUCUGUUCGGCGCAAUUCGGUCCUCGGUCAUCGCGGUAUUUGAAAACAUUUAUUGAAUUUAUUCAACUAUCGCUAGACAACGCGUUGACCUCGUUCUGUUACUGUGGUGAAUCGAACAACAAAGUUAGACAAUUUUGGUAACAGUAUCCUGCAGCGAUCGGAUCGUCCAAUGGCGGAUAAUAACUUCAAAAGUCUCGAAGAUACGCUGGAGAAAUACAUCCCAUCGGAGGAACUACGAGAGGUCAAGCGGAUACUUUACGGACGCGCUGAUGACAAUGCCAUCACCUUCUCCGAUGAAGCCAUCUCACUGGCAAAGGAGGUCGGAGCCGACCUCAGGGGAUACGCAUUCACCGCCCGCAAGGAAGACCUACGUCGUCCGAGAAUUGUUCGAGUAGGUUUGAUCCAAAAUACGGUGGACAUCCCAACCACUGCUCCUAUUCAUGUGCAGCGUGAUGCUCUGCAUGAAAAAAUUUCCAACAUUCUAAAGGUGGCGGCUUGCGCAGGAGUGAACAUCAUUUGUCUGCAGGAGGCUUGGACGAUGCCUUUUGCAUUCUGUACUCGAGAGAAAUUUCCCUGGUGUGAAUUUGCUGAGGAUGCUGAGAAUGGUCCAACCACCAAAUUGAUGAAAGAGCUAGCCAAGCAGUACAACAUGGUGAUCAUUUCGCCCAUUCUGGAGCGUGAUGCGAACCACAACGAUACCAUCUGGAACACCGCCGUGGUUAUCUCGAAUAACGGGAACUACAUGGGGAAGCAUCGGAAGAAUCACAUUCCACGGGUGGGCGAUUUCAACGAAUCAACGUAUUACUUCGAGGGUGACACCGGGCAUCCGGUGUUCGAGACCCAGUUUGGUCGUAUUGCGGUGAAUAUAUGCUACGGUCGUCACCACCCCCAGAAUUGGAUGAUGUUCGGUCUGAAUGGUGCUGAGAUUGUGUUCAAUCCGUCGGCGACGAUUGGAGCCCUUAGCGAGCCCCUGUGGGGCAUCGAAGCCCGGAAUGCCGCAAUUGCGAACAGUUAUUUCACGGUAGCCAUUAACCGAGUGGGAACCGAAGUGUUCCCCAACGAAUUCACCUCUGGAAAUGGAGAACCGGCGCAUAAAGACUUUGGUCCAUUCUACGGGUCGUCCUAUAUUGCCGCUCCGAACGGUUCGCGCACUCCCGCUCUAUCCAGAGAGAAAGAUGGUUUACUGGUGGCGGAAAUGGACUUGAAUUUGUGCCGACAAGUGAAGGAUUUCUGGGGUUUUCAGAUGACUCAACGACUGCCACUAUACGCGGAAAGUUUGGCCAAAGCCAUCAAGCCCGACUACAAACCACAGAUUAUCAGAGAGAACUAGGGGGUUCUGCGAGGAAGAAAAAAACCGAUUGUAUUUCAAAGAAUGUUUAUUCAUUGAACUAUAUAAUGUAGCUUGUUAUUGUGUAAAAAUUACAAUUUUAUUUCCACU